AUGGCUCUACUACUGAAUCUCAUAAGGCAACUGCUAGAAUACUUUGGUGUACCAGCUGAUCAGUUCAUACCAAGGUGGGAAGCUCAUAUAGACAAUAGCAGCAUUGUCCGUAUGAUUGAAACAUGUCUUCCUUCAACCCCCUUCUCAAGAAGGCACUUUCAGCAGAUUAUAUCAGUUUGGCAAAGUAAGGAAUAUGGAUCUACGCGAAGCAUUGUUCGUAGACUUGGGACAGUUCUUUCUUUAGAACCUUGUCCAAGACCUCACUUUCAGAUGGUCCAAGACCUGAAUUCUUUGGAUUAUGACGAACGAAGUACAACACCAAAUCCUGUAGUUCCAUCUCUUGGUGAUAUUCUGAGGGUGGUAAAUGAUGAGGGAGAAUCUUUUGCUAGAUUUAGGGCUGAAUCAAGGGGAAAGGAAAUAAUUACAGUUGACCAUGAUGUAUCUCCAGCUAUAGUUUCCUUGCCAACUGUUCUAAAAAAUAGAGCAGAGAAAGAAAAUCUUGUGAAUGAAGAAGCAAUUAAAAAAAUUUCUGCACUUGAAAAUGAGUUAACCCUUCUUCGUGCCCAGAUUGCUGCAAUUGUUGCAGUGCAAGGAUCAAGAAAUAGUAAUCAAUCAAGUUCAGAUGUCUUGAAUUCAUUUGGCAUUCCAAGUGGUUCUUUCCCAGUGCCAGCAAUGACUUCUACUCCAUUGUUCACCGCACCAGAUCACUUUGUAAUUCCUCCACCUCCCCCACUUCCCUCCAUAGCACCAUCUGGCUUUGAAGCCAGUAAUUCAGCAAUUGAACUUAUUAAACAACGUCGUGCUGCAAGUAAGACCAGCUCAACAACUGUUGACAAAACUGAACACCAGAAGACCCAGGGUGUUCUUAGUAUGAUGGAUGUUUUGAAGGAUAUAAACAAAAUCCGACUGCGAACUAUUGAGAAGUCACCUGGCGGUACACCUCUUCCUAAGACAAGAAAAAGGAGGAGUUCACAGUGGGAUCCAGCAGCUCUAAUAGCUCAGGCUCUAAAGCAGAAAUUUGCACAUCAAAAUGGCAAUGAUUCAUUGGACAAAGAAAACAGAUCUUGUGACUCCUCCCCGUUUUCCAGUCCAGAAGCCCCUCUGGUUGGACGUCACAUUUUGAAGCCGAAUUCAAAGAACAACCUCAUAAAAGCUGAGGAAGUAACACAGGUAUCAACAGCAAAAGCAAGGGUACAUAUUUAA